GCCCUAAAAAUUUCCCGAGUUGUGGCGGGAAAUCAAAGACAGCUCCUUUGAGAGGGAAAACCGCAGCAAAAGCAGUUCCCUUCGUCUUCGAGAUUUUCAGCUGGCGACGGCAAAUUAUCAGUUUAAUCAGACGAAAAAUGGCCGAAACCGCCACUCUCGGAAUGCUGGAAGAGAUUCGCUCCCUCGUCUCCGAUAGGCUUCAAGUGAUUUCAUACAAAUGGCUAAGUCGGAAUUUUUCGGUUUCCUCCAAUGCUGCAAAGAGAUUGCUAGAGGAGUUCGUUGAACAGCAUGGAGAUGGAUUAGCAGUGAUUUACUCUUUGUCUGGCUGGCUGAAGAAUAACCCUACAACCUACCAUAUAAGGCUUGUCCCCAGUCAUAUGCUUUCAGAUGCGAAGGAAAAGUUCGCUGGAAAAUGUUCUGUUCAAGUAUACAGUAUACAGCCCUGCCUCCCUAAGGAUCCAGCAAUACUUUGGAAUCACGAGUUUGUUCAGGCUGAAGAUCUUUUUAAGCAGCCAUUGACUGUUGAUAAUUGUUUGCGAGAUAACAGGUUUUGCGGGGUUUCAAAUUCAUCUGUUACGAGAACAGUAGGAGGAACCCCUUCUAUUCCUCAAGCUAUAGCUGCUCCACAGUCUAUUCAGAAGAAAUUUAUGAAUGCUGGUUCAAAUGCUGUGAAAACUGAAGGAUAUGUAAAGCCAGAUCUAGCACAGGUAUCAGAAAGAGAUAAAGUUCCCCGGUCGCUCCCCAACAACAAAAAGGGCCAAAAUGAUCAAAAGUCUUCUGGCAGUGGAAGUUCAUUAGCUAGCAUGUGGGGUCGUGCAUCAGCAGCACCUAAACCUGAUGCUUGCUUGGUUCAAGCUGACAAAGCCAGACAAGGCUCUUCUGUCAGUGCGGAAGCUCAAAUUUGUGCUCGUGAAUCAGCUGAACAUGAUAUUAGUGAUGACGAUGACGACGGAAAAGCUUUCAGUGCAAGGAGAACCUCAAAUGGUGAAGGCAGUAGAAAGAGAAAAGUUGUAUUCAAUUACUCCGAUGAGGAAGAUGAAUAUGAAAAUGCCAUAAAUCUAGGGUCACCUGAUCCCCCAAAGAAGUCUACUCUAUACUCAAAAGAAAGUUUGAAUGCUUUCACCACAGAGUGCAAUUUAAGUUUCGGGGAGAAGGAAAAUAAGCCAAAGGUCCAAGAAGAGAAAAAAAGUGAUGUUAAAGCUAAGCCAAAGGUAAAAGAAGAGAAAGAAAGAGAUGUAAAAGGUAUGCCAAAGGUCAAAGAAGAGAAAGAAAGUCAUGUAAAAGCUAACCAGCAUUUGGGAGAAAAGGUUGCAACUGCUAGUGAUGUGCCUAAAAGAAGAAAAGUGGUAAAGACACGAAUUGAUGAGCGUGGAAGAGAAGUCACUGAAGUUGUUUGGGAGGGUGAGGAGCAAGAUACAAAAUCUAACAAUAAUUCUUCAGCCAAAAUUGCUGGCAGUAAUACAGUGAGCAAUGCAACUAACAGGCCCCCGGUUGCUCGUAAGUCGCCAGCAGUAGGGAAUGCUGCUCCAGCAAAUCAACCCGGGAAAGCUGGAAAUAAAAAGGCAGCAGCUAAGGAUCCUAAGCAAGGGAAUCUCUUCUCAUUUUUCAAGAAGGUUUGAAGAAAUGAAGGAUUCAGAAUCUAAGAUAGAAUGCUAUUGCUUUUGUGAAAUCCUCUUAAUCAUGUAAGUACAAGUUUAGAUCUUUUAUAGUACUAAUUUUACCAUUGCGGUAACAAUUUCAUUGAGUACAAGUACAAACUAAUGUGAAAUCGAUUGAGUUACAGCCCCUUCCCACUUUAUCA